AUGAACUCUUCACCAGCUUCUACACACACGUCUGCCUUCCCUGAUGCCGACACAACCUCUAUUGCCCUCUCAAGUGAAGAAUUCCUCGAGUGCCCUCGGUGCCACCGACAUUGCAAGAGUCGGACUUGGUUCCUCAAGCACUUGGAGGCGUGCUCCAAGAGCGCCAGCUCCUCCAGCACGCGCGGUAACACGGUAUCAGGCGAAGGCAGCACUGGGACCCCCAGGGCGGUAGCAUUCCCCACAAAGUCCAACCACCACUACCGCCACCUUUCGCGCAGCUCCGCCACAGAGGACGACACGCCACUGCUGCUGGAGUCCAUGGCAUCGACGACGACUUCGUCGAGUACGUCGCACUCGCACCAGCAAAGUCACAAGCCGUCACGGCUGACUCAUGUGGCGGGCAGUGAUGGCCGCGAGGCGGGCCUCUCCAACUCGAUAGAUGCAGGGCCCAGCGCCAACGCGGGGCUCUCGCGCAGCUCUGUCGUCGCUCUUGGCGGGUACCGCGACGGACGAAGCGAGUCAAAUCACACGCCAACGGCAACCUCGCAAGCAUCACCGCACUGGUUCAUUGAUGACCUGCUAGUGACUCGUUCAACCACCGGCGUCGGCGCUGGCGGUGGCAUCAUAUCCAGCGGCAUGUCCAGACCAACGAGCCCCUCACAAGGAAGCCCGAUUUACGUUGCAAGUCCGUGCGGACUUCGCGCAGGUGGAAGUUGCAGUGAGAGCGGCUCUGCUCACGUAUCGGCGGCAUUUGGCAGCGCUUCUGCUCCGGCGGCUGCACAGGCCUCCUCGUCUUCCUACAUGAGGCAUCGCGAUGAAGGACAAACGCAUCGUCAGCCGGCACGCCAAGAGAGUUUUCGGCUGCAGUCGGACUUCACCUGGACGCAGUACACCCCCAGUGCCUCGGAAGAGGAGAAAGACGACGACGCACUCGGCGAGCACGACGGCUCUGUCCUCGACUACUCCAUCCGGCAGUUAUCGCGGAACACUGGUGCGGAACAGUUGACGGGGCCUGGUUACGCUGACAGGGCCCCUGAUCAAUGGGUUCAUGAACGGCUACUCAGCGGGGGAAGCAACACUUACAGAACCAAUUCACCUGGUGCGGUCGUCGACGUCAGUCGCCACGCGGCGACAGAUAUGCUGCACGAUGCCACCCGGCCUCUGCAAGGCGAGCAACAAGUGCCACGGAUUUUCUCGGGGUCCAUCGCCGAGCUCUCCCCUCUCGCGCGCAACGUAAGUGGCGUGGCAGAUGGAUGCCAGAGUGUUGGAAGCGGCACCAACAGCGCCCGCUUUCACCGCUCAGCGCACGGCAGCGCUUCCCCUGUCAGUCAUAGCCGAACAUCGUCGUGCACCUCACCGGUGUUCUCGCAGGCGAUAGGCAGUCCAAGCUUUCUACGCAUCAACGUAUCACCCACCAGCGCCACGCCUAUUGGCAGCAGCGCGAACCAACUCAAUGGACUGAAUGCCAGCUUCAGUGGCGGCAGCGGCCGCACCCCACGCCAGGGCGAUCGCUGCAGCACCGUCACCCCUCGCACCAUCUCCUUCCAGCGUGGGCGCGCCGUCGGCUCCGGCGGCUUCGGCACUGUCUACCAGGCGAUUCUCUCCGAUGGCUCCCUCGCGGCCGUCAAGGAGCUGAAGCUCGAGAAUGCCAACUUGAAGGCGAUCGACCGUGAGGUACGCGCCAUGAGCAGCAUUCCCCCACAUCCGAAUUGUGUCCGCUACCUCGGGUCGCGCUACAGCGCUCAUCACUACUACAUCAUAAUGGAGUACAUUAGCGGCGGUAGCAUCAACUCGUUGCGCAAGUCAGUGGGGCGGUUCCGUGAGUCGGUCUUCCAGCGCUACGCGUACAUGGUACUUCUUGGUCUUUCUCAUCUUCACGCAAACGGCAUCGUACACCGAGACAUCAAGGGGGCGAACGUGCUGCUCGACGAGAGCGGAUGUGCGAAGAUUGUCGACUUUGGCUGCAGUGGCAACCUGAACCAAGCCACGACAACGCUGGGUUGUGGUGGAACUCCGCUGUGGAUGGCCCCGGAGGUGUGCCGAGGCGACCCAGCUACGGAGAAGUCCGAUAUCUGGGCCUACGGCUGCCUGUGUCUGGAGAUGACGAACGACACCGGGGUGCCGUGGAACUUUCUCCCUGGCAUGACGCUGCAGGGGGUGGUGUACGCGUUGGCCUGCGCCAAGUCGCCACCCCCCAUCCCAACCGAUCUCUCUUCCGAGGCGCAGGAUUUCCUUCGAUGCUGCCUGCGAGUCGAUCCAGAGGAGCGAGCCACCGUGGCGGAGCUGCUGCAGCACCCCUUCUUUGACGUGGACCUGAUGGAGAAUUCGGAAGAGGACGAGCUGCUGUCUUCCUGCGAGGUGAGCGCGCGCCAGUCGGCUGUGAAGCGAGUCGUCCAGCAGGUGAACCGUAGCAGUGCGCUCGACGCCGCGGCCCACGUGCACGAACAGCAGCAGUACCGCAACAAGGACGGAGAAGUGGGUGGUAGCGCCGGCGACGCACAAGGCAGCCCUCUCCUGCAAGGCUUUGCGGGCGUCUCUCUAUCGUCACGAGGAAUUUACAGCGGCGGGUGUGGGCCCAUUUUGGAACCAGACGCAGGCGCUCUUUCACGAUCCUCAAAUUCGCAUUCGAAGAGUCCCUCGGGCCCUCAGCUGGAUCACUACACCCGUAGCGUAAAUAUUGGCUUCAGCUUGCAGCCCGUGGAUGAUGAUGACGAUGACACCGGCGAUGGAGCUGGGGAAUUGGAGGACAACGCCGGCCCUAGCCCCAGUUUGUGUGGAGGGCCACCAUCCGCCAUUGCAGAAACCGCUGUGUCGGCCAAUCGCUGCCGCACCUCUUUCAGCUACGCUGGCGUGGAGGAGGACGAGAACGAGUACAAGCAGAUGAUCACAGAAAUUAUCACCCAGGCACGCGAGGCGUACACAGACGAGGAGAGGCGUAUGACGGAGCGGCAGCGGAAGCUAAACCUGAUGUGCCGGAGCAGUGACGAGGACACUUCCAUUACAGCGUCUGCCAGCAGCGGAAGCGACACCAACAACAGUGGCGGUGGUAACGGCAGCGACAGCAGAAGCUCUGCGGAGGAGAACGAGAUGAGCCAGCACGGUGAUAUCGAGAGUGACUUGAGUACUCUCAGCAGUAGCGACGAAGAUGACGGACUCAAUAGCCACUCCGUUGGUGGUCCGCGUCGUCACUCGCUCGGGGCAACAUGGCGCGCUCAGUUUACACACCCUUCGGCGGCUUCUGAGAAGGCGGGUGAGCCGCAAGGCGCAGCCAGCACCACGUUACAGCAGGAGCCGGUGUCUGUUGCACGAGGAGAGGACUCCAUGGCACCCCUUGUGUCAGCGUCGUCGUCUUGUCGUGGUCGCCUACCUCGGCCCGGCACAAACUCAAGUGCAACUCUCGCGGCGACCUCGCCUACCAGUGCGCGUGUUGAUUCGACGGACACCUCCAUCUCGCCCUACGGAGCCAUCUCUUCAAGUACGCCGGGCUUGGAAGUCAGCCCACAGUCGCAACUGUCCCCCCACAGUGCACCGCCUCAUCCCUCUCUCACCUCCCCAUACCCUCCACGUAAGCAGCAGCCGCGCCCAUCCCCACUCUCGCCGCCGAUGCACCUAGGAGAGGUCAUGAAGAGAGACUUCUCACGCACUGCCAGCCGCUCCCGAAUCAGCACGCCCUUCAGCAAAUCGCCUUCCGACAGCGUUGUCGUGACGGCGGCUGGCGGUGUCGCAAGCUCACCGCACGAGACGGGAGGACCUGCCGGGCUGCCGACUGCGGUUCGGCAGCCAGUCGGCACCUCUCCCUCCUCACCGCACAUCUUCGUAGGUGCAGAGAAUCCUCUCCCCCUUCCCAGCGCUCCAGCUGCUCAGCACGGUACCGUUGGCGGCCCUGUUCUGAGUGACCGCAGCAGUAGCACCCGCAACCUGCCGCUGCAACCUCCACUGACAGUUGGAGGCCCGCACCGCCAGACUACACCGCCGCAGCCGGCCCCAACGACCGCGCCUCCGUCUGCACACCCCGACUUCGCUGCCAGCUCGACCGAGUGGUGUUUCGGCAGUUCGGGUAGAAUCGAUGCCAACAGUGCCACCUGGAAAACAGGUGCGUCCGACCACCUGUCCAGAGAACUUUCCAUGGCACAGAAGGAGAUGCAGGAGAUGCUGGACUGGGGGACCAGCAGCGAUCGUCGCCACACCUUGUCCUCCUCGUCGCCGGACAUAGGCCGGCGCAGCUCCAAAGCGUCGUCGACAACCGCCCCCAGCGCCGUUCGUGGCGAUAAUGGCCAUCGCAGUCGCUGCUGUUUUCGCCACCUGAGGCGUAGCCAUGGCGAGAAUGCCGACCCCGAGUCCACCCCCGUAACGGCGAACCCCUCACGACAUGCAUCGACGGGGCUAUCGGCGAUGGAGACGGUGCCCGCAGUGCAGCAACCGGCAAAGCGCAAGCUCUGUGGCCUCGGUAUUUUUCGUAGUAUGAGGAGCAAGUAG